AUGGAUUCGGAAGGGCCCAGGAGGGUCUCCCUCAAAGCCCACCGCCCCGACUGGAAAUCGGAGCUUAGAACAAAUUGCCUCAGAAGAGUUAGAAAGGACAGAACUGACUUGCUCUGGAGGAUCAGGAAGCAGGGGCAGCUGCCUGCCAAUGACAUGGAAAAGGUCGAAACUGCUGUCAGGAACAUCAUCUCUGAUGAGAUAGAGAAACUCAAACAGUCCAAUGAAGGAAAAGAGGACCAAGAAAUGGAUGUCAUAUGGGAAUAUCAAGGACCGCAGUCUGCUAAGCCUGCUGAAAUUGAAAGUGAAGAUAUAUUGCUUGAAAUGGAAAGACUUCUUUAUGAAGAUAUUAGAGAAGAACUAAUCAGAAAACAACUAGAGGCACUUGAUGAGGAAGAUGCAUAUUUAGCUCAAAGUGUUUUUGAUCAUAUGCAACUAAAUGACAAUGAGGCUGCUGAAACUGCUAAGCUCUGGUGUCCAGUAUGCAAGCGAGGAGAUCUACGAGAAACACAUAAUCUCAUAUACUGUACUCUCUGUAAACUACGGCUUGACCUUGGAGAAGAUAAGGUAAUGACGCUGGAGUUCUUACGAGAACGGCUGGCCAAUGCGCAUACGGAUCACUUUGACAGAGGAUGCAAAUCAGCACCCAAGUUCUGUUUACAGACUAUGUUUGGCCUGACUGCACUCUACAUACAGUGUGAAGAAUGCAGCACAUUUGAUAUUGUGGUAUAA